UAGAGCGCCGCCCGCACCCCGCCCGGCCGCGGCCGCUCUGGCCGCGCACCCGGAAGCGGCGGCGGGGCCGCGCCAUGGCGGGGACGGCGCUGAAGCGGCUCAUGGCCGAGUACAAGCAGCUGACCCUGAACCCACCAGAAGGGAUUGUGGCAGGUCCCAUGAAUGAAGAGAACUUCUUUGAAUGGGAAGCCCUGAUCAUGGGUCCUGAAGACACCUGUUUUGAGUAUGGGGUUUUCCCUGCCAUCCUGAGUUUCCCGCUCGAUUACCCGCUGAGCCCUCCGAAGAUGAGGUUCACGUGUGAGAUGUUCCAUCCCAACAUUUACCCAGAUGGGAGAGUGUGCAUCUCCAUCCUUCAUGCUCCUGGGGAUGAUCCCAUGGGGUACGAGAGCAGCGCGGAGCGGUGGAGUCCCGUGCAGAGCGUGGAGAAGAUCCUCCUGUCGGUUGUGAGCAUGCUGGCAGAGCCAAAUGAUGAAAGUGGAGCCAAUGUAGAUGCCUCCAAGAUGUGGCGGGAAGACAGAGAACAAUUUAACAAAAUUGCCAAGCAGAUUGUGCAGAAGUCACUUGGACUUUAAGCUCACAGAGAGACUGAAGUGUUUUGUAUUUCUCUCCAUCUGGAAACGAGCAGUGCUCAGUGCUAGUACCAAAAAGGAAAACUUUGUAAAACUAUUGGCCUAGUUCUUAUAAUUCGUUAUUUAUUUACCAUCUCUUUUCUUCCACUGCUCCAGAGAAGCCUCUAGUUCACUCACUAAAUUGUGUGGAAAAGGGAUUUAAUGGUAGAGAAAAAUACAGAGACAAUGCUGUUUCAAAGGCUGCUUGCUGCUGCCUUACUUUGUGGUGUGGAAAGCCUGGAGACUUGGCAAUCUGCAGCCCUCCCUCACCCUUCUGCUGUUGGAGAGCAGUGCUGGUUUGGAUUGUCUGCUGGCAGAAUUAGUUGUGUUUUUAUAGGUAGCAUUGCAUCUGGAGCAGCAGUAGACAGGAGUUACUCUAUCCAUUCUGUACUUGUUAGGUUAAGGGCAGCAGUUGCAGUCAGAUCUGAUUUAAAGAGUAUAGUUAGAAGGAGAGGCUGUAAAGCAGGGCUGUAGUCAAGGUGUGUUAGCAAAGAAAGGAACUUUAAGGGAGUGAGCUGUGAGGACUGGCUGGGGGUCUGGAAUGGCCUGGUGUUCCCAUGUACCACUAUGAGUUUGUACUGAGCUUUUGAGUCAGUGUUGGCUUGGCAGAAAUCCCAAGAGCUGCUUUAUUAGUCCUUGAAGACACCCAGUUGUAAACUUCACACUCAGAGGCAUGAGGUGUAAAGGCUGGAUUGUGCAAGGUCACCUGGGUGAGGUAGGUCAUUGGCAGUUGGAAAAUCCAGUGAGGAUGUGUUUGCUGUGCUGGGCAUGUUCACAGCUCUGCAAGAAUAUCUGCUCACUCUGGUGGCAUGUGAGUGUUGAGAGGAUUUGGCACUGCUUUGCCAUUCCAGCCCUGUCACCCAUUUUCAGGUGAACGAGCCAGGUCCAUCAUGAGCAUGAAGGACUUACAAAAGUGACCUGUGACACUCUACACUGAGUGCUCUUGUGCAUUAAAUAGGAGCCAGAGAGGAUGGGCUGUUUGCUGAGGAUGGUGGUGUGUGUGCUUUGGACAUUUGCAGUGUUGUAACCAGUGUGAAGGGUGCAGGAGAUACCAGCUGGUCAGUUCCUAAAUCUGCUGAGGGGCCUCUGCUGACCUUUCUGCUUUGCAAGCCAAUCUCAUGUGUAGGUCCAAAUUUCUCCAAUUUACUACAAGCAAUAACAUGCCCAUUGAUAGCACAUGGAAUCCAAUUUUGUUGGCAGCUUUAAAUGGGCUAAAUUUGACAAGGGCUGGUUUGUUGUUUUUUAAAUGUGAAAAAUUGUGAUGUGGAAGAAGUCACACCAUGAAGAAAGCUUUACAGAGGUGAUGGUGUGCAUGUGUGUGGUACAACUGUUCAGCAUUUGUCUUGCUGUCUGUGCUGCAGAUCACACUUUGCCAUCGUUGUGCACCUCUGAAGAGUUGUAUUGCUACAACCUGCUGAUUUUACCUCCUUGUAGAAGUAAUUGUGGCUUUGAUGUCAGGGUGGAAGUGGGACUGGACAUAGCUUGGGAGCAGAGAUGAUGAAAUAGUGUUGUACCUAACUAGUAUUUCAAGGCAUACAGGAAAAUGUAGCACUUUAUGCAAACUGGGAGUGUUUUCUGGAGUAGAGGGAGAAUUGUUCCUGGGAGUAGGGAAGCCACCUUUGGGAACAACACUGGAGAGCUGCAGGAGCCACUGCAGAAACACAGAUGUGGCAAAAGUGGGGUUUGCUUAAGUGCUGAGUGUUUUAUUCAUGUGUGCUUGCUCAUUAUCUUCAUUUUAUGGUGGGGUUUAGUCUGCAUACUGAAAAUAAAGUGCUUAUAUUUUC